ACCACAACUUAUUUUCAUUAUUUUUCGAAAGAUGCUGAAACUACUUCCGUCUCUGCUAUUUAUACUUGCUGCUUCUGCUGUAGUACUUCCGAGAAAUAAACUAUUUAUCAAUCAUAUAAACUCUGCUCAAAAACUGUGGACCGCUGAGCACUAUACUACUCCAUUCGAGGUGAAAAACCUGAUGAAAGUUGAGCAUGUGGCUGCACAUUUGGACAAAGAUAUCAAGUUGGCUGAAACCGCAGACUCGAUUCCAGACAGCUAUGAUGUACGUGAUCACUGGCCUCAAUGCAUUUCAGUGAACAACAUUCGAGAUCAAUCUCAUUGUGGAUCUUGUUGGGCCGUCGCUGCAGCUGAGGCUAUUUCUGACAGAACAUGUAUCGCGUCUAACGGAGAUGUGAAUACUUUGCUUUCUGCUGAGGACAUACUCACGUGUUGCACGGGAAAAUUUAACUGCGGCGAUGGAUGUGAGGGUGGUUAUCCAAUCCAAGCAUGGCGAUAUUGGGUCAAGAACGGACUAGUCACCGGAGGAUCCUUUGAGUCGCAAUAUGGAUGCAAGCCAUAUUCAAUUGCUCCAUGCGGCGAAACUAUCGACGGAGUUACAUGGCCUGAGUGCCCUAUGAAAAUCUCUGAUACUCCAAAGUGUGAGCAUCACUGCACUGGAAACAACUCCUACCCGAUUCCAUAUGACCAGGAUAAGCAUUUUGGCGCAAGUGCAUAUGCAAUUGGUCGGAGCGCGAAGCAAAUUCAAACCGAAAUUCUGGCUCACGGACCAGUAGAAGUCGGAUUCAUUGUCUACGAGGACUUCUACCUAUACAAAACCGGGAUCUACACACAUGUCGCUGGAGGAGAACUUGGUGGGCAUGCAGUGAAGAUGCUUGGCUGGGGAGUCGACAAUGGUACACCGUAUUGGCUCGCGGCCAACUCCUGGAAUACAGUGUGGGGCGAGAAAGGCUACUUCAGGAUUUUGAGAGGGGUCGAUGAAUGUGGUAUCGAGAGUGCUGCGGUCGCCGGGAUGCCGGACUUGAAUCGACGUAACUAGGUGUUUUGUUAGAGUAUUUUCAUGCUUAUUGUGAUAUCUCCCGGCUUAAAUAAAUAUUAUAGCUACA